UCAAGAACGAAGCGCCACUAGCUCCACCUUUCCAACUCGAAACUAAAAUGUCCAUGCGCGACCUCCCUCUCCUCGAAUCAAGCGCCGCGCGCUUGAUCCAACAGCAAUAUCGCGACUACCGCUUCCGAAAACGCCUCAAACUAGACAGACAAAACGUCGAUCUGGAAUUACCCAAACUCGGCCCGAAAGACUACAACACUGCGGUCUUCCCAGAAAGCAAGACCUGCGAACAAAUCUUCCACUCAAGCGGCGUCAGUGGCUACGAGCGACAACUCUACGACGUGAACACCCUAGCUGCCGACAGCUCCCAGCACCCGGACAUUCGAUGGAGGAGCUUGCUAGACAGUUGCUUCAAGCGAAUGGUGAACCACGCAGCGGAGAAGUUGUUGCAAAAUCAAAAACGGAAUGUCGAGUCCGACUACGCGGUGUUCGACGAAUCUUGUCUGGACGUUCUCGCGCAGUUCAAACUCGCGGCGCAGGCGGCGGCCGUGCUGGUCGUGGAUCACUUUGUUUAUGGUGCGGGGACUGGCUCAGGCUCGAGCUCUACGAACAGCGUGAAGUCGCGGUACAACAACGCAGCUGCUGCACGAGGACCAUCUCACGACCCGCUCGGGGGCACCGUCCUCGAGAUCGUCAACAAUCCUGUGUACUACAGGGGGAAGAUCGCUGCAGGUGGAACAUCAAGGGCGGUGGUCGACCGAAACCUCCAGUCCUCGCCGUUCGGUAUGAUAAAGAAUGCAGGAGCUGCAAAUCGCAAAAACCAAAAGCCAUCUCUCAAUCCCAAAAUUCCGAUCCGGGAAGUUACGAAAGUAGACAAGAACUACUGGCUAUGAAAGUGUCAGAAUCGAAAUUGACAAAAGCGAAAACUUUGUCAUGCAUAAAAUCGAUACCAGUUGGAGCCUCAGUUUGUAAGUGGCGCAUGACAAAUUUCGGGAGCACCCAGAUCCAGUCUGUCAUGCUGUUUGGGCAAAGAAGACUGCUCCUGUCGUGCUACUCUGGUGGCAGCACAUUGCAUACCCCUAAACACGCUUACAAUCGGCCUCAUUUGCCUCCUCCCCAAUACAGGCCUCCAGUGCCCUACAUUUUAUGCAUCACAAAUUUUUCGAUUUUAUCGAUUUCGAUCCUGACACAUCCAUACUGGCCUUUUUGCCAACCGCGCUUUUCCAACGACCGGGUUUUCCUCUGUGA